AUGUGGGGUCAACUCAUCGGUUUGGUUGCUUUGGAGCAGGACGGAGGCCUCGCCUUCCCCCUGGAGUCGGUGAAGAAGCUGAAGGUCCUCUUGGAAGCAGACGCAGGAUCCGCUCCCUCCCGCCAGAGGAGCCAGCUCCCUCUCAUCGCUGUUUGUAAGAAUCCAGAGCUGCCCAAGGAAUUCGAGCCAGUCUGUAGAAGAAGAGAUGCUCCUCUCGUUUUCAAGAGGCUCAAUUUGGCUGUAAGCGAUGACCUAUGUGAGAUCUGCGCCAACGCGGCCUGUACUGGCUGUUACUGAGGGGAAAUAGUCAACAACGGAGGCCAUUUUUGACUCUUUGAUAGAAAUAUUUGGAAACGGUGGAUCACUGAGUGUCCUUUCAUUAAUGUUGUCCUUUCAAUGGUGGUCGUCUCUGUUCAUUUUGAAGCAAAGGUGAUAUCAAAUUCCUUCCCUUAAAUAUCAAGUCAUCUCCUGAGCUUUGAGGAUCCUAAAUGAAGAAGAUGAACAACCCUAAAUUCUUGAAAGACUGGAUUAUGAGGUAAAUUUUGAUGGUAGCCUUAAGGGCAACAGUAAGUGUAGCUGGCGCUGUGCAUUAUUUCUGUUACAAUGCCCACAACGCCCUAAUCCCACUGCCAUGUCCUGUUUUACGACUGGUGGUAUAUUUGUGAAUGAUACUUCAGAGUGAAAAACAAAGAAGAGACUGUUUAUCAAGCCUCUUUCUUGGCCAAAUUAUGCACUAUGUGAUGAAAAAGAGGAAUUCCUGAAGGAUGAGAUGGCUGGACAGUGUCAUCAAAGCGACCAACGUGAAUUUGACCCAACUCCGG